AAUAAAGUGCGAAUAUUCGGUCUCUUAAUCAAUGGCCAGCUGACACGGAGGCAAAACAAAACAAGUUUUGACAGAUAUUUUUCACCAUAGUGCUGAUUUUUUGCAAAUUACAUCAUGUUGAAAGCUGUGAUUCUGAUAGGUGGACCACAGAAAGGGACACGGUUCCGGCCACUAUCCCUUGAUAUUCCCAAACCACUUUUCCCCGUGGCUGGAUUCCCCAUGGUCUAUCAUCACAUCGAGGCCUGUGCCAAGGUUCCGGGAAUGAAGGAGAUCAUUCUGAUUGGGUUUUAUCAGCCAAACGAUGCCUUGAGCCGCUUCCUUGGAAACGUCCAACAGGAUUUUAAACUCCCAAUCAGGUAUCUCCAGGAGUACACCCCGUUGGGGACAGCCGGUGGCAUCUAUCAUUUUCGUGACCAGAUUCUGGCCGGAAACCCAGAGUACUUCUUCGUACUGAAUUCUGACGUCUGUUGUGAUUUUGUCCUUGACAGCAUGCUGCAAUUCCAUAAAACGAGAGGCAAUGGGGCACACUUCACUAUCAUGGCAACAGAGGCCGCGAGACAGCAGGCCUUGCAGUACGGCUGCAUUGUAGAAAAUAAAGAAACGCAUGAGGUCCUUCAUUACGUUGAGAAGCCCAGUAGUUACGUCAGUGCCAGUAUCAACUGCGGCAUGUACCUUUUCUCCCCGGAAAUCUUCGAACACAUCAAGGACGUCUUCCAGAAACAUCAGGAGAGAAAUUUCAACUUUGAUAGCUUGGACUGGGAGAGUUCGAACCACACGAGUCUGAACAAGGACCGCAUCAUGUUAGAGAAGGAGAUCUUCUCACCGUUGGCCGGGACGGGAUUGUUGUUCGUGUAUCACACGGAUAGGUUCUGGAGUCAGAUCAAGUCAGCCGGUGCUGCUAUCUAUGCUAAUCGUCACUACCUGGCAAUUUACCAUGAGAAGCAUCCAGAUCGACUCGCCAAGAAUGUCGAGGGCAGACCUAAGAUUAUAGGUGAUGUGUUCAUCCAUGAGACAGCUACCGUCCAUCCUACAGCUGUGCUCGGGCCUAACGUCACCGUCGGCAAGAAUGUCAAUAUUGGCCCUGGAGUCCGCAUCCGCGAGUCCAUGAUCCUUGAAGGUGCCACCCUGAAGGACCACUGCUGUAUUCUCCACAGUAUCGUUGGCUGGAAUUGUAUCGUUGGGGCGUGGACGAGGAUCGAGGGAACGCCGAAUGACCCAAACCCGAACAAACCGUUUGCUAAACUCGAGACAAAUCCACUGUUCAAUCAUGAUGGCCGCCUGAAUCCUUCCAUUACAGUUAUAGGAUCUGAUGUACAAAUUCCAAGUGAAGUCGUGGUGCUGAACUCGAUCGUGCUGCCGAACAAGGAUCUCCUUCGAAGCACCAAGAACCAGAUCAUUUUGUAAAACAUUUUCCGCUGGUUUUUUGCUGCAUCUUCAAACGAUGGAAAUUUUCAUUACCAAGCAUCAUGCUUUAUACCAAUAUCUCAUUCAGAGACAGCUGAAUUAGAAAAUGUUUGACACUGUGUGAAUGAAGAAGUUGUUUCCAAAAUAUGGUUUAUGCCACAUGUGAAAUUUCCGAGUUGGCUCAGCUAUUGUGUUUUAACUUUUAGCGCAAGCUUUUAUACUUUCGGUAGUGUGUAGCUAGCUAAAGGUAUACCCGGCUUUGUGGGUAUGGGGAUGUUGGCUUUGUGCAUGUAUCUGGUUUUCCCUUCCAUGCCUUGUCCAAGUUAAAAGCGGCACGUUUACUUGUAGAUGUAGGUCUCGGAGAGAAAUGAAGUAAUCCUCUGUAUUCACUGACCUCUCUAAGUGGACUUGGGGUCACGGUUGUACUGAAACACUAAUAGAAUAAUGAUAGGCAUCUUGACCCUCAAGUUUUGGAUCUACUCCACCGACCAGGACUCCGUUACACCAUGAGGGGAGGUUAUGGACGGAGUACCCCUGAUGGUUCAGAAUGAAUGAUAGGGAAUUUGUACUUAAUGUAUCAAGUCUGUGUCGAGGUGCCUUCUCAAAUUCAUUGAUGCCACUAUACUGGUUUGGGUUCUCCCAAUGCUGUCAACUUCUUUCCCAAAAUUCUGUCAGUUUUCAGUCAAAGGUGGUUUGUGUGGCAUCAGUGAAAUUUAGGAUGGUCCCUUAUACUUUGUUUGUCGAGAAAAUAUUUGGAAACUUGUACAAUAAGAGUAAUAUAAUGUAUUAAUAAAUAAUCUU